AUGGCUUCUCUAAGUACACGGCCGAUAAGUGCCUUGCACUCGUUUGAGGCCAAGAAGGCUUACUUUGAUAACAAGUUUGUCAAUGAAACCCCUACGAGGCACAUGAGAUCAUGGCACAGCGCUUCCUUUUCUUCUACAGCAGAUACUGUUGUUGGUGAUGAUGAUGAUGAUCGCCAUCACCACAAGAAGGAAGCCCCUUUUUUUACUCUCAAUGUCAUCUCAGAACAGCCUCCAACACCACCUGAAGAGCCCAAGAUACAACAAGACCCUUUCUUCUCCUCUCCUACAGAAAACCCCUUCAAACUCAAAGUCUCCCGGUCAAAGGACUCUUUCUUCGAUACCACCGACGAAGAGAGUGUCUGCCCUCUUGAGACAGACCCUGAAAUCCCGAGCCCUGCUACCUCUCUCCCGCCAAAGAUCGUCUCAUCGAAAUUUGUAGCGCCAGCACCAGUGCAUACAAAUGACAGCAUUGAGGCAUGUGGGUACCCCAAGAUCGACGAUCCUGUCGAUCCUGCAAGGAUCCUAUCAAAAAGGGAUCUUCGCAACCAAAGGAUCGCCUUCAUGGGGAUCAUUGUCAUUAUCAACAUCUGCAUGGCGAUCACUGCCUUCUUUGGCAGGAAGAGCAAAUUGAUCUUCAUCGUCAUCUUGUUCGUCAAGAGCAAGGAUUUCCUAUCUGCGAUCCUGUCGCCCACCGGGAUGAUGUAUCGUGCUGUCCAUGACAAGUUCUACCCGCCUAAGCUUGUUAGCCGCAAGUGGAUCUUGUCUCUCAUCCCUGCCUACUCUGAGAGCGAGGAGCAGAUCGUCAAGACUAUCUUCUCUCUUCGGGAUAAUGGUGUUGAGCCUCACAAGCAAGUCAUGGUCGUCAUCCUCGAUGGCAAGCCUCGAGAUGUUCGAUCGCACAUGACGAGGAUGGUUCGCGAGUUCCAACGACCUUACGUCUCCCUCAAAUGGAAGAAAGGUGUUUUGAACGUCCUCGCCGGUUUCAUGGAGGAUGUCCCUGUCAUUGUCAUCGAGAAGGUCAAGAACGCUGGCAAGAAGGAUUCGCUAAUUCUAUGCCACGAUCUUUUCAACUUCUCUCGCGAAAAUUCUCCUCUUUAUACAAAACUCUUACGAAAGGAGAUGUGGGAUGAGAUUCUCCCUGAGUUGACAAAGGGCGAGGACUUCAAGGGCUUUGAUAUGGUUUUCUGCACCGAUGCCGACUCUACUAUCUACAAGGGUGCGGUUGCUCUUUUGGCUAAUGCUCUCGCUCGUGAUGACAAGGCUAUUGCUGCUUGUGGACUUGUCCUGGUCGAGCUUGAACCUGGAUAUGAGUGGUCUUUCUGGAAUCUUUAUCAACAAUUUCAGUACACGUUCGGGCAAUAUGUCAGACGGCGAGCCGAGGGGUUCAUUGGCAAAGUCACUUGUUUACCUGGUUGCAUCACCAUGAUCGCAGUGCGACCAGAAAUGGCCGGUGCUAUUCGGAAAUACGCCGAACCCGUUACCGGUGAACUAGUCAUUAACCACCAAGUGCAAUACCUCGGCACUGACAGGCGACUCACUUACUCAAUGCUGUCUCAGGGCGAACAUCUCCGCACGCUGUUCGUCCCUGAUGCCGUCAGUGAAACAGUUGCUCCCCAGUCACUGUUCCACUACCUAAGCCAAAGACGUCGAUGGGGCUCCAACGCCUACUUCAACAACUACUUCUAUUUGGCUGGCGAGAAGAUGAUCACCAUCACUCGCAUUGCCGCUUCUGUCGAAGUCAUCCGUCUGAGCUUAGUGUAUUAUCGCAUUCUUAACACUGCCUUGUUCAUCGCAAGCUGUGUUCGUCAUGUCUCUGCUAUCAAGCUUGUUCCUAUGUUGGUCGUUGGCCAAUUGCCCUCUUUGUGGUUCUUCUGUUCAGUCCUCCUUGAACCUGAGCUACGAAAGCGAGGUCACAAGCUUGCGAUUGGAUAUCUGAUCAACAAGUGUGUAUCACCAAUUAUGAGUGUCAUCAUCUUCACAAAGGUCGCCACCAACCUGGGAAGCCAGGUCUGGGGUGUAUCUGGAGUUACGGCAUCUUCUGGUCCCGUUCCGCCCCAAGUGGAGAUAACAGAAGAAGAGGCAAAGCUGUUUGACGUUGACGUUGACGAUUUAUCUGCGGCCGAAAAGGGAGAAGCGCCUUUGUUGUUGAAAAACCUAUUAGAUGAUGAGGCAAUAGCCAAGCCAGAGCGUUGUCGCCUCAAGGACGAGCGAGGAGAUGUAGAAUGCUAG